UCGUUUAAACAAAAACUGAGUGAAAUCCAUUUCAAUCUAAUCGAUAUUGCUUGAUGUUAAGGCUGAUUUAGGCCGAUCGCACACACAGCAACUUGCGAUCGCCACCUGCAAGUAGUUCGAUACGGCCACUAAUAGUUGCUACCGGUGGCCGUGACAAGUAUCUUUACGCAGCAUCCAGUGGAUGCCGUAAUUAUACAUGUUUUAUCGAGAAUAUUUUCAGUUAGCUAGUUCAAGAUGGACUUGUUGGUUGUGUUAAUAAUAUUAAGAAGAAAGCGCAGACGGCGGAUCUGGCAAUUAUAGAGAUAUCGGCGAUUUUGGAUUCAUCCAGUCUUGAGAACUCGCGAAAUAAAUGGCUACUUUUACAAUCUUUUUAAAGACCUUAAACUUCACGAAGACAUAUUUUUCACGUAUUUUAGAAUGUCCUUAGGAACUUUCAAUGAAUCACUGUCGCUGCUUCAAGACCAUUCAAAACAUCAAGAUACACGAAUGAGGAAAAAUAUUACACCUGUAGAAAGAUUGGCUAUAACAUUAAGAUAUACUUCAACUGGUUGCACAUUUGGUGACUUUGAAUUUGUGUUGCUGCGGUUCAUCAACAGCAAGAAUGAUUGUGAAAGAAACAUGCGAAAUAAUUUGGAAUCAAUUAAAAGAUGUCUGCAUACCAGAACCAACAACAGAAUCAUGGAAAAAUAUAGCGAGGAGAUUUGAAGAGUUUACCAACUUUCCUAACUGUUUGGGCGCGAUAGAUGGAAAGCAUAUUAGAAUAAUUCAGCCUCUAGAAAGUGGAUCCUGAUACUAUAAUUACAAGCAUUUCUUUUCCCUGGUCCUUCUCGCUGUUUGCGAUGUAAAUUAUUUGUUUACCUUUGUAGAUGUAGGUUCAGACUCAACUGUAUAUAAAGAAAGCCUACUUUUUAAUAAAAUGCGAGCAGGAACACUUAAUAUUCCUUCUCCUAGAAAAAUCUCUGGAAACUUGUAUUAUUGCAACUAUUCAUGUGUUGGUGACGAAGCAUUAAGACCAUAUUCUGGGAAACCUUUGGAUUUUGGAAAAAGGAUCUUCAAUUAUAAAUUGUCUCGUGCUAGACGCUGAUUCGAAUGUAGUUUUGGGAUAAACAAAUAAGUGGAGGAUCUUGCAUUGCCCCCUAAACGUUUCCAUAUCUUUUGCCGAAAAUAUCGUAAAAGCGUGUUGUAUAUUACACAAUUUUGUUCGUCAAAGAGAUGGCUACAGUUUUCAGGAUUUACUUUUUACAGGGUGACUUCGAAGUUGAGUCAUUUAUUUUAACAAUGAGUAGAUCUGAUCAAAAGAAAUGUUUUUUUCCUUUAACAUUUUUGUGGUAAAAUUAAAGUAACAAAGCUAUAGCCCUUUAGAAGUUUGAGUACCGCCCUGUCUCAAUAAUAAUAUUAUAUGCUCGUGUUUGGCAACAACGGAUAUAAUCCUUAUCUGUUCAUCGCAUCGGAAACAAAAAAGCGAAAGAAUUUGAAACGCUUAUCACGAUGUUUUAUUCAUUUAUUUUAUUCAGUUGUACUCAGUCAAUGUAUGUGCAACCAACCCCUCGUGCCUUUGUUAAUGUAGGCUCGUGAAUCAGGUGACUUGAGACCUCAUUAAGACCUCACAGGGGAGGGCAUGCCGGUGCUCCAAGACCGCACGAUCAAAUACAGGUCCGUACUGAAAUACUUGGCGGGAGGGUACUUUAUAAAACAAGGUUACAUUUUUUUUUAUUUUUACACACAUAUUUUGGUUCAUCUUCCUUCUACAAUCAUUAUCUGAAAAUUAAUGACUCAACUU